CUCUUGUUGAGCCUCAAAACCGUACAGAAAACUUUUCUCCUCUGUCGCGUCCAUGGAGGCUCUCUUCUCCGCCGUCCACUACUGGCUAGUGGAGCAUCCAUCCAUCAGCCAAUACGAGUGGAAACAAGGCCAUACAUUAGGCUCCUCUCCACUUUUUCUCGCCGUCACAGUCACCGCUUAUCUCGCCGUCACUCUCUCGCUCCACCGCUUCGCCUUUCUCCCGCCGCUCUCCUCCGUCGCCCUCCGCCGCAUCACCGCCGCGCACAACCUCGUCCUCUGCCUCCUCUCCCUCGCGAUGGCCGUCGGCUGCUCCCUCGCCGUUUUCCACCAAAUGCCUAAUCGCGAUUGGAGAUGGGCGAUCUGUUUCCCGGCCAAUCGCACCCCCACGCGCGGGCCCACGUUCUUCUGGGCCCACGUCUUCUAUUUUUCGAAGAUUCUGGAAUUUAUAGACACUCUCCUUAUCGUCCUCAGCGGGUCCCGCUCGCGGCGGCUCUCGUUCCUCCACGUGUACCACCACGCCGUGGUGGUGGUCAUGUGCUACCUCUGGCUAUCCACGGCGCAGACGCUCCUCCCGGUGGCGCUUGUCACCAACGCGUCCGUUCACGUGCUAAUGUACGCCUAUUACUUGCUCUGCGCCCUCGGCCACCGUCCGCGGUGGAAGAGAUUGGUCACCGACUGUCAGAUUAUCCAGUUUGUGUUUAGCUUUUUGGUUUCGGGCUUGAUGCUGUAUUAUCACUUUACCGGGCCGGGUUGCUCCGGAAUAUUGGGUUGGUGCUUCAAUGCUGUUUUCAAUGCUUCCCUUUUGGCACUAUUCCUAGACUUCCACUCCAAGAAUUAUCAUGCCAAGAAGAAAGAUCAUGAGAAGAAUAAAUAGCCAUGAUUUGUAGCAAUCAUUUGUUGUAUUUUGCCAAAAGAUUUGAUUUUUUUAAUGAUUUGUAGCAAUCAAUUGUUGUAUUUUGCCAAAAGAUUUGAUUUUUUUUAAUGACAAAAGAAAUCCGUAACAGAUCUAUGAUAAA